UGAAAAGCAGAAAUUACUUGAAAUAUCUCCCAACCGGUUGAAGACUAUAAAAAGCCAGAGAGAGAACAUCUCAGCUCAGUUGCUUAAUUAGUGUUGUUGUGAGUUGUUAUUUCCAUGUGAAUUGAGAAAUCCGACUGUUAGUGUGUUAAAAUUUGCAGAAUGCCGUGCUAGGGAAAUUUCAUCUUUAGCAGACGAAAUAGCAUGUAAAGCUUCCAAAUUAACUGUGCAGAGAUUGCCAUAUUAUAUGCGUCGAAGAGCUGCUUCUCAUAAUCCUAAGAGAGUACCUCGAAAACUUAGAGAGCAUUGCAAAGCACAUUUGGCCAAACCAACAAAGAAAAGUAAGAAACAUCGCGAUAAGCCAAAGUGUUUGCUGGAAGAAUAUAAUAGACGCCAGUCAAAUUUUUUAUGGUUGGAAACACAUUUAUGGCAUGCCAAAAGAUUCCAUAUGGAAAAAAAAUGGGAAUAUACUUUACCUAUAUGUUCUACAGAAAAAUCAUUUAAAGCAUCAUAUAAGGCUGCAGCAAAGCAUACAUUACUAUUUGAUUUGUCAUAUUAUUGCUGUAUUGAACUUAGAGGCUCUGAGAAACAACUUUUAACUGAGCUUGCAUACUUAACAGAUGCCAGUACUGGUUUUACUUUUGAGUCGUAUCUUAAUGGAACUAAGGAAGGCUUUUGUGUUUUAUAUCAUCCAAAGACAUAUCCUUUCCAAGCUAUUGGCCCAGUAUCAUUUAUUUGGGAAGCAAAUAUUUCAAGCAAUGUUCUUCAAAUAGAUUCAGAACUGUGUAAUCAUUUUCGAAAAUUAUGGAUAUGGUGUCAUCCUACAAUACAUUCUGAAAUUGUAGAAGUGCUGGUGAAUGUUUUUCACUUAGAAAAGGUAGAAGCUUGUGAUUUUUACCACAAAAGUACUGUUAAAAGCACUGAAGAAGGUAAUGAAGAUGUUGAAAUGAGUGAGGAAAAAAGUCAUAUUCCAUUUGCAUCCAAAGUCAACUAUGAGAAAAUUAAAUUUAAAUUUAAAAAAGAGCAAUUCUAUAUGUCCAAUAACACAUCUAAUAAAAUAAAAAUGGUCUUACUGAAAGAUACAUUAGUUCGCCACCGAAUAAUUGGCCCUAUGGCACAAUCCAUAAUUAUUAAUCUGUUAAAGGUAGCAGAUGUGUCCAUGACAUCACCUUAUAGAAAUGCAGAAAAUAAUGAAAAUGAUUCCUCUUUUGAAGAGGUGUUGUCAAGUAAUGAUAGUGAUAAAUGUUUAUUUUGGUGGCAGAGUUACUACAGCAGUGAACAUAGGCAGUCUCUACAUAUGAAAAAGAAAUGCUUGAUAGAAAAAUUGAAGCAUCAGAUAACAUAUGUAAUUCCACCAAGAACAGUCAUGGGAUUUACUGUUAGAGAUCCAAGAAUUAAUUUAUCAUAUCAGAAAUUUGACUUAAAUUACUUAUCAGAAGGUAAUAAAAUUGCUAUAAAAUGGCAUAAUUUUUUAUAUAUUUACUUAUUUUACUAUGUUUUAAAAGGAUGCAUGUAAUGUUUUGU